AUGGAGAAAGAAAAGCUGCAAGCAAUCAUGGAUUGGCCUGAACCCCAAAAUGUGAAACAGGUGCAAUCAUUCCUAGGCUUUGCACACUUCUACUGUUGCUUUGUCCCCAACUUCUCUUGCUUAGCACACCCUCUGAAUAACCUUACUCAGAAGAAGCAACUAUGGAUCUGGCUAGAAGAACAGAAGGCUGCAUUUGACGCAAUCAAGGCUGAGAUUUGCAAGGAGCCUUAUGAACACUGCAGAAUCUUCCUGGAAGGAACUGAGCAGCCUAUCACUGUGUUCACUGAUCACAAGAAUCUGGAGUACUGGAAAUCAGCUGGAACCUUCAACAGGUGUCAUGCACGCUGGCAUCUCAUGCUGGUGUCCUACAACUCUGUCAUUGCUUAUCAACCUGGAAAACAGUCACAGAAACCUGACGCCCUGUCAAGACAACCAGAUCACAUGGACUUAGAACCAACUCCACAAGUUGUGCCAGAUGAACCUGAGAUCAAACAGCAGCUCUUAUCUCACUUCCAUGAUUCCCCUGCUUCUGGUCACCAAGGCCAAGCACAAACUCUAGAGUUAAUCAGUUGUCACUACUACUGGCCAGAAACAAAAUUCCAAGUCAACCACUAUGUGGAGUCUUGUGAAAUCUGCCAAAGAAGCAAGGGCCAUGCACACAGCUAUGCUCUCAACCCGCUUUCUGUCCCUGCAGGUCCCUGGGAAGACAUCUCAUAUGAUUUCAUUGUCAAGUUUCCCAAGUGUAAGGGGUAUGACAGCAUUCUGGUGGUUGUAGACCGCUUCUCAAAGAUGAUGCCCCUGAUUCCCUGCAAGGAAACUGCCACUGCUGAGGAUGCAGCUCAGAUGUUCCUGGAGCAUGUCUGGAAGCUACAUGGCACUCCCAAGUGCACUGUGUCUGACAGAGGGACUACAUUCAACUCCAAGUUCCUCAAGGUGCUCUACAAAUCUCUGCAAAUCAAUCCUAGUUUCCCUACUGCUUAUCACCCACAAUCUGAUGGACAAACUGAGAUCAAAAACCAAUGGCUAGAGGCUUACCUACGUCCCUUCAUUAAUCAUAGACAGUCUGAUUGGGUUGAUUGGCUCCCACUGGCUGAAUUUGCUCAUAACAAUGCCAGAAGCAAAGCAACAGGCAAAUUGCCCUUCAAAAGUGUGUAUGGCUAUUCUCCUGUCAUUUCACCACUCUUGGAACCCACUGGGUUGCCAAUUGCUGAUGACAAAGCCAAGCAACUGGCUGAGACAAUUCAGGAAGUACAGGCAUCAAUCAAAUGGGCUCAGGAGCGCUACAAACAGGCAGACACAGGGAAACCACCUCCUGAGUUUCAACCAGGAGACAAAGCUUAUUGCUUGGCUCUCCCUGAGACCAUGAAGAUCCAUGAUGUGUUCCAUGUCAGCUUGUUGUCUGCUUUCAAACACAACACAGAGUUUGAUUGCACAUUCACUCCUCUGCCACCUGUGAUCACAGCAGAAGGAGAAGAGGAGUAUGAAGUAGACAAAUUUGUAGACUGGACAGCAGAAGACAGAAUCUGGAAGCACAGGGUCAGAUGGAAGGGAUACACACCCCAUGAGGACACAUGGGAACCAGCCAAGGAUCUACAGCAUUGCAAGGACAAGUUGUGCAACUUCUUUGCUAUUUAUCCAGAUGCCCUGGCUGCCAACAACCCCAUCUCUGCAAAUAUGUGCAAUUGGGGAUUCCUCUAUUGGCUUGAUCCCAAAGGCAAAGAAGGACCAGAUACACUGUAUGAAAAGCAAGUAUACCACUGGUGGCACUUCAUUGCCUCCCAUCCAGGUGCUUUCAGGGAUCUGGCACAAUGGCAUUGCCAUGGGUUUGCUACCUCACCCCCUACAGUCUCCACACCUCCAUCAGCAAGAGAGCUGACCCAGGCAAUGCAGAACCUCAUUCUGCUUAACCCAGCGGACCUGCCAGCCUACACAAGCAGGCCAGCACCGCCAGUGACCCCUUCAGCACGCCCAGACACUCCCAGGCCAACAGAGAUACAUGCACCAGCACCCUUGCCCUUUCCCCUGUUCUCCAGCAUGCCAGACACUUGCUGGACCCCAGGAUACUUGUCUCCAGUGAGAGAAACACAAUGGGAGCCUCAGAGCUACCUAGGAUGGAGCAAUGAGGAGAUACAAAGGAAUGUGGAAACAUUUGAAGGAAGUGAGGGUGAGGAGCUGUUUAGCUUUGAGGAGUUACUUGCCAUUGAUUAUUCUGAAUGGAUGUACGCAGCCCUUUGUUGCUGCCUAAGGGCCUUUUGA